GCCUCUCUUGCAAGCAUACAUUUCCUCUCGCUCUCUCUCUUAACAAAUCUUUGUGAGCGGUUUGUUGGCUUCUCUUCUUCACAUUCUCUCUUUCUCUGUCUCUCUUUUUCUUCUUCUCUAUAUUUCUUCUUGAAGCUUAAAGAGUGAUAAAACAGAGUACCCUGUUUCGAUUCCUCUGGUUCUUCUUCACUACUACAGCUUGUUCUAGCUUCUAAUAUUAGUGUCUUCUCUUAAGUGGAAAGAUGACAAACCAAAAUGUGGUAGUGGCUGAUACAAACUCUGGACUCAACUUGGCAAUCACAGUGCAUGUAACAAACUCCUCUAUCUUCACAACGGCGGCCCAGAAACCUCCAGCGGCACCAGGUGGUUACAUAUCCAUUUCUAGAAAGAAACUCUUAAAGAAUCUGGAAAUCAAUGGAGGAGCAAGAAUUAAUGCUUGGGUUGAUUCCAUGAGAGCCUCAUCUCCUACUCAUAUCAAGUCCACGCCUUCUGUUAAUGAAGACCAAAGCUCAUGGAUUCUUCACCACCCAUCAGCACUGGAGAUGUUUGAGCAGAUAAUUGAUGCCUCUAAAGGAAAGCAAAUUGUUAUGUUCUUGGACUAUGAUGGCACACUUUCUCCUAUUGUUGAUGACCCAGAUAAAGCUUUCAUGUCCAAGCAGAUGAGAGCAACAGUGAGAAAGCUUGCAAGAUUUUUCCCUACUGCAAUAGUGAGUGGGAGGUGCAGAGACAAGGUGUAUAACUUUGUACGGUUAGCAGAACUGUACUAUGCUGGAAGCCAUGGCAUGGACAUUAAAGGACCAGCAAAAGGCUCCAAAUACAAGAAAGGCGGUGAUGGUGUUGUCUUUCAGGCUGCCAGUGAAUUUCUUCCCAUGAUAGAUGAGGUUUACGAAGAAUUGGUAGAGAAAACUAAAACAACUCCAGGGGCCAAGGUGGAGAACAACAAAUUCUGCCUCUCUGUGCACUAUCGCUGCGUUGAUGAGAAAAAAUGGAGUGGACUGGCACAAGUAGUUAAGUCAGUGUUGAAGGAGUACCCAAAGCUUCGACUUACUCAAGGAAGAAAGGUUUUAGAAAUCCGCCCUACCAUUAAAUGGGACAAAGGAAAGGCUCUUGAAUUUUUGUUAGAGUCACUUGGAUUCGCCAAUUGCACUGAUGUUUUUCCUGUUUACAUUGGAGAUGAUAGAACAGACGAAGAUGCAUUUAAGGUACUAAGAGAGAGAGGACAAGGUUUUGGUAUCUUGGUCUCUAAAAUCCCAAAGGACACUAGUGCAUCUUAUUCCCUACAGGAACCCACCCAGGUUAUGGAUUUCUUGCGACGUUUGGUGGAGUGGAAACGGCUGGCCUUUCAAGGGCGGUCAAGGGUGGUGUAAAGAGUAGUGGGAAGAUUGAGACAGUACAGAUAUACCCACCCCUUCAAGAAAUGUAAUUAAGGGUGGGAUGUUAGACUAUGUGAUCAUCUCUUGUUCAAGAUUAAAAAGUAUGAACAAGAAAAGUAGGGAAAUAUAAUGACUAUCUUCUUGGCUUGAAAGGCUCUGUACGUAUAUCUUGUAGCUAGUUAGCUGGGUACAAGGGGAAAUUAAGAUCUGUAACGUAAUUGCAAGUAAUUAAUCUAAUUAAAUGCAUAGUUAUUUCAA